CUGCACAUGAAUUGUACAGGAACGUGCCGUGUAUUCUGUGUGACAGUUCACACUGCAUGCAAAAUGCACUCCAUUUGCGAUCUGCAGCAUUUAUCAAUAAUGUUAAUGACACCCCAAACGCAGGUCGCAAAUACACUACGUUUGCUUGCACCGGAUGGCAUGGCACUUUUGCACCAUAUGAUCCAGUUGCAGUGCAUUUCAAAAAGUAGUGCAUACUAAGAACACACUGUGAGUCAGGACCAGGGGCGGACUGACCAUUUGGAAACUCGGGCACUGCCCGAGGGUCCGGGUCAGUAGGGGGCCUCAUGAGAUGCCCCUGGUACCUUUUUCAUAGGCUUUUUUGAGUUUGGGCAAGGACACAGGGGCCCCAUGAUCCCCUAUUGCCCGGGGGCCCCAU